AUGCCAGCCUUUAUACUUUUCAAGCCACUUCUUGCCGCCUCUUCUCUUCCGAACUGGGAAAAGGUCGCGGAGGAGGGUGAAUUCGUGAGCACCAGUGCCGCCUCGCAGCGGUGGGGACGUCUUUACAAGAUACUCAUUGGCGAUGAGAAAUCUUCGACUCCGAGCAAAGGAAAGGGCAGCACAGCGAAAAAUGGUGGAGGAAACGCAAAACAGAAAUCUACGACCAAGAAGAAAGCUUCAACCUCGAAGACAUCAAAGAAACCUGUGGAAGAGGAGAGUGAUGAGGUCGAUGGCGAUACUACAACAUCACCUGGAGUUGUAACUCCUAAGAAGCGAGCUCGCAAUAGCAACACCGGGAGCGACGUGGAGGAAGAUACACCAACAAAGGUUCCGAAGACCGAGGUGAAAGAUGAGGGUGACGACUAG